AUGAGAGGUGCAGAGAAGGCAGGUUUCCAAGCUAGCCCCCUUAUAAAUAUGCACAUGCUCAUUGCUACUGCUGAAAUCUGUAGGAGAGCAAAACUCGGUAGCAACAUCCACAACGGCGGUAGCACACAGAUGGCUCCUGUACCUGUAGGGACUCUCAGUUCAUCACUCUUCACAGCCACCGUCCUCCUCACUUUCUUGACCUCUUUUGCCCCUUCUUCUUCAUUAGAUGGCACCCUGCUGGGUGAUGAAUCUGGUAAGGACUUCCAGGCACUCCUUUGUCUCAAGAACCACCUUUCUAACAAUACCGAAGUCCUCGCCUCGUGGAACAAUACCCUCCAGUAUUGCAGUUGGCCUGGUGUCACCUGUGGCAAGAAGCACGCAUCUCGUGUCACAGCACUUGACCUUGAAUCGCUAGGCCUGAAUGGCCAGAUACCACCCUGCAUUGGUAAUCUCACUUUCCUCACAAGAAUCAACCUCCAGGAUAACCUGCUGAAUGGUGGGAUCCCGCCUGAGGUAGGUCAUCUGCGUCACCUUGCUCAGCUCUCCCUUCCAAAUAACAAUCUUGCUGGCGUAAUACCGAACUCUCUUUCUACCUGUUCUAGCCUUCAGACUAUUGAUCUCGGAAGUAACUCCCUCCAGGGGGAGAUACCUCUAGGUUUGACCAACUGUUUAAAUCUCACAGACAUCUUACUCGAUAACAACAUGCUCAAUGGAAGCAUUCCAGAUGGGUUCGGCAUGCUUCCUAAGCUUUAUGCUCUGUACGUUCCUGGCAACAAGUUGACGGGCAGUAUUCCUUACUCACUUGGAAGCAGCCCAUCACUCUACUUUGUUGUGCUGGCAAACAACAGCCUAACUGGGGGCAUCCCGCCUCUCUUAGCAAAUAGUUCAUCACUUGGAUGGCUGGAAUUGGGAAGCAAUGACCUCGAUGGAGAGGUACCUCCUUCUCUCUUCAACAGCUCAUCUCUUGAAAUCAUAAUUUUAAACGGAAAUAAUUUCUUUGGAUCAAUUCCACCUUUCUCACCCACCUCGCCAUUGCAAACUCUGUCCCUAUCAUUCAAUAAUAUCACAGGAAAAAUACCUUCCUCUGUUGGGAACUCUUCUUCCCUUCUUGAGCUUUUGCUUGCAGGGAAUCACUUGCAAGGCAACAUUCCAUGGAGUUUAAGUAAAAUCCCAUGCUUGGAAAAAUUAGAUCUGACUAACAACAACUUAUCAGGAGUCGUUCCAGGCUCUCUCUAUGAUAUAUCGACACUCAAAUACCUUGGCAUGGGCAAUAACAUCUUAACAGGAGAAAUUCCAGAAAAUAUUGGCCACACCCUUCCAAACAUCCAGGCAUUCAUUGUUCAGGGAAACAGAUUCGGAGGUCGUAUUCCCACUUCAAUGGCUGAGACCACAAAUCUUCAGAGAAUUAAUCUCCGUGACAAUGCAUUCCAUGGUAUUGUUCCUUAUUUUGGGUCUUUGCCCGACUUAACUGAACUAGAUCUAGGCAAGAACCAACUCGAAGCUGGAGACUGGACUUUCCUCCACUCGCUCGCCAGUUGUACAAAGCUGGCUAUUUUACGCUUAGACGCGAACAACCUACAAGGUGAACUGCCAAAGUCCAUAGGCAAUCUUCCAAAAAGCUUAGAAUCUCUAUUGUUGACAGCGAAUAAAAUAUCUGGCACCAUACCACAUGAGAUAGGGAACCUUAGUAGCCUCAAACUUCUUUACAUGGAGCACAAUCUGCUUACUGGAACCCUUCCUGACUCACUUGGAAACCUUUCAAACUUGUUCGUUCUAAGCUUAUCAGGAAACAAGCUAUCUGGCCAAAUCCCACUUUCAAUUCAUAACCUCGGCCAACUAAGUGAGCUCUAUUUGCAUCAAAAUAAUUUGAGUGGACCCAUCCCAGUAGCUUUAGCAGAGUGCAAUAAGUUACACACCCUAAACCUCUCUUGCAACUCAUUUGAUGGAACAAUACCAAAAGAACUAUUUACUGUUUCCACACUUUCUGAAGGUCUUGAUCUCUCUCGCAACAAACUCUCUGGGCAUAUACCAGUGGAGAUUGGCAAAUUAAUCAACCUUUCCCCCCUCGAUAUUUCCAACAACCUGUUGAUUGGAGAAAUUCCCUCAACUCUAGGCGAGUGCCUCCAUUUAGAGUCCCUCCACCUGGAAGGGAAUCUACUUGAUGGGCGAAUCCCUUAA